CCGUGGCCGCGAGAACUUGCACUCAAACGGUCGACGCGUAUCGUGUGCGACGCAUCGCGAGCGUAAUCCGUGGCGUCGCGACGCUACUCAACUGUUGCUCCAAGCUGCGCGAAAGUUGCGAAACUUUUCAAGUAUCAGCGCUGUAUAAUAUUUCAUCAACUGCGUGUGUGAUUCGAAAUAAAUAUCAUCGAGUUGGUGAAAAACUUAAAGUGUAUUUGAGAAAAAAAUUGUGUGGGAAAGAUUUAUGAUGUUAUCACGCUUGACUAAAGCUUAAAUAACUAAAUAAGUGCUUCGAGUAAGAUACAUUAUAAAAAAUCAUCGGAUCUGCGCAAAAAUGGCGGCGCGCAGUUGUUCGAGCCGUGCAGAAGAGACUCGCAUUACAAGUGCUUUUAAUUAGAUCGAACGCGUCUCUUUAUCGUGCGAGCGGCGAAGACUUUCGGGCGAUGGCGAUGUCGAGGGAAUGCUAACGAACAAUGCAGAAGCCCCGUGAAUGUGGUGGCCUAAAACGCUUCUGGACGGCUGUGCGUUCGUCCAACUCGAGCAGCGCAAGCUCCCAGUGCGAGUCUGGAGGAGUAGAUGGUUCUCCACUGGAGGAAGUCCGGAAACCUGUCCCGAAUUGCUCGCUACCCCUGCUACAGGUAUGGCCUAGUUCCGACUCCCCGCGCGGCGAAGCCGACGGUCAGAGCUUCGUGUUUCCGGUUUGCGCCGAGGACGCAAACUGCGUCAUCUCCUGCUUCGAGGCGAACAAUCAUCACGAUUCCGGCAUCGAGUCAACUCAAGUGUCACCAUCACCGGUGCCAUGUCACUCAAUGAUCAAUCACACAUCCUCACCGCUCACCUCACCAACACCAAGCCUCCGACGGGAUCGAAGACCAUCGAGUUCUUUACUCCAUCCGGAUCAUGCGCGUAUCUUUCGUUCCUAUACGUCGUCAUCACCCGAGCAGACUUCGAUCGAGGAUAUGACCGAAUUGCAAAACGGACAUGUUGGAUCCCCCUCGUCAUCUACAACAUCAUCACUUACUUCGGUCGCUGCGGCGGUGGCGGCAAUCGGUCAGCGGGCCAGCGACCCAUGCGACAACCGUCGGCGGUCUUCCACCAUGACCGCCCGGUAUUCUCUCUUCGAUGCCUUGGAUUUAGAAUAUGCGCUUCUUCGUGCGGCCGCACGUGGUUCAGUUGGGCCUUACUCUCUCAGCGAAAGCCUGCACAAACUCACUUUUACUCAAAGUCUUGCCUUUCCAGCAUUGGCGCGUGGUUUGGCGAGCAAACGAAGACGCUCCCAGCAACAGCACGCCAGUCGUCCUUUGGAUCCCAACGAAAGUGGACUGAAUGCUUUUGCGAAAGUCGUCACAGCACUGGUGUUGGUCCUCGUCAGUGUUUUAGUGUUUGCAGUGGUGUAUAAAUUUGUGCGGACAUGAGGGUUGCUUCUCGCUCCUGGAGCAACAGGAGCGAGGGCUGGGCGUUUGACCUUGGUGAAGAACUCGACUUUGAUUAAUGAUGUGACAAUGCAAAGGACUUUUAAUCUUGAAACGUGAAACUUGUGACUUUAUAUACCAGAACAAUGUCAUCAUAUCAGAAUUAUAUUAUAAGACGAAAACCAGGAACAAAAAGCCUUUCGCAUAAAAAUUAAUUAAUCUAAUCACUAAAAACACAAAAUUUAAAAUUUUUAAUUUUAAAUUUUAAAAUGAAUUUAUUUGAAUUACUAUGAAACUGCAUAACAAUGUGUAUCUGUUGAUAGCAUAAUAAACGAGUCCUUGAAACAUGAUUGGUAAAGCUAUCGAUUAUCUUGUCAAGGAUUCAUCCAUUUAACAUGACAACGCAUACAUAUUUUUUCACAACGCUGUUGCUUAAGUGUAAACAUGAUGAAUAAAUGAAACAAAACGUGAUUUAUGAGGGGAAUUUAUUGUAAAUUCACAAAUCAAAUUUUAUUAAACGUAUAUUAAUCAGAUAAAAAUAAUAUAAAUGUAUAUAUCAAACAUAUUAUCGAUUCUAAUUGAAACUAAUCAUAAACAUAUUUUUCUUAACAGUGUGCUGUUGUCUCACGUAAAUUUUGGUCCAAAAAUUAAGAAUAAAUAAGUGCAAGUUGAAUAUUUGCGGGAUAAUUUGCGGAAAAUGCUUUUAAUGGUGUAUUAUUGUAGGUAUAUUAUUGUACGCUUUGUAUUUUUUUAUUUAUUGUGUAUUAGGUAUUUUAAUGUGUAUUUUGAUGGAGCGAAAAAUAUGAACGUUUUGUUUAAUAUUUAUUUAUGAAGAUAAACCCCAGUCUGUAUGUUUUCUUGUAUCAAAUGUACUAUCUAUAUAAAUGAAAUUUUAUUCUUGUUAUAUAAAUGACAAUCAAAUUACA